AUGUGUACUUAUCAUGGUAUAUUGGAAGAAUAUCCUCUUAUAUCAAUUGAUUCAUUUGAAAGUUAUAAUUAUACAAGUACAAUGUUUUUUAUAACACAUGUUCAUAUGGAUCAUCUUGUUGGUCUUGAACGACCAGAAUUUGGUAAAUAUGUUGCAAAAAUAAAUGCACCAAUAUAUAUGUCUGAUAUUUCAAAACAAUUAUUAAGUACAAUGACUCCAUAUCGUCAUUUAAUACCAUAUUUUAAAUCAGUUCCAAUUGAUCAACCAUUUACAUUAACAAUUCAAUCAAUUGAUCCUGUACAAGCAAAGAAAAAAGAAGGAGCAGAUAUUGAAAGUUUAAAAAAUACAUUAUCAUCACAUACACCACAUGUUGGUGAAACAAUUGUUGUAACUUGUUUUGGUUCUGGUCAUUGUCCUGGUUCAGUUAUGGUAUGGAUUGAAGGUGAACAUGGUAAUGUUUUAUUUACAGGUGAUUUUCGUCUUUAUCAUGGUCAAGCUAAACGUUUAACACAUUUACAUCGACGACGAACAGAUGAUGAUGAUAAUUAUUUAUUUAAACCAAUUGAUAAUAUUUAUAUUGAUAUGACAUUUUUUCGUCCUGAAAUAUUACAUAUACCAACACGUGAAAUUUGUUGUGAAGCGUUAAUUUUAUGGAUAAAAAGUUUAUUAUCGGAUAAAUCAAAUGUAAAUUUUCAUUUUAAACAAAGUGCUCGUGUUGGUUAUGAACAAAUCUUUCGAGCUUUAUAUGAUAGUUUAGGUAUGCGUGUACAUGUUGAACAAAGUCAAUAUGAUUUUUUUGCAUGUUUACCAAUAAUACAAGAAUGUUUAACAACAGAUUCAACAACAACACGUUUACAUGCAUGUCGUACAGCAUCAUCAAAUUAUACACAACCAUGUUCAUUAUUUCGAAAUUGUGAUAAACCUAUUCGUAUACUUUUAUCAAUUAUGUGGUUUACUGAACAAAUAGCUGCUAGUGAAUUAUUAGUUGAAUAUCAUGAAUAUCAUUCCAAUUUUGAUCAAAAUUUAUCAAAACGUUGUAUUGGUUAUCAAGAUUAUGGAAAUGAAAGUGCUGAUGUAACAUUUCAAGAUACAUAUUUAAAUUAUCGUUUAUGUUAUUCAUUACAUUCAUCAUUUUCAGAAAUAAUUGAUGUAUUAAAAACAUUAAAACCAAAACGUGUUACACCAAUAGCUGCACCAUUAACAACAUUAAUGACAACAAAACGUUUAUUUCAAAUAAUUGAUUAUUUUAUAAAAGAUAAAAAAGAUAAAACUGAUAAAACAUCAAUGGUAACAAUUAAAAAAUUAAAUGAAAAAAUGCAACGAAAACCUAUUAAUCAACAAAUACAACUUAAACAUCGUUAUGAAUCAUUUGAAACAAAACUUGAACGAAAACGUCGAAGAAAAUUAUUUAAAGAACAACAACAACGAAAAGCUAAUGAUGAAGAAUUAGAUUUAGGAAUUGAUGAUGAAAGAGAACAAAAUCUUUUGCGACGAAUCGAUUCUGUAAAUGAAUCAAUUAGUAAACAAAUACAAACAAAUCAUUCAAAAAAGUUCUUUCGAUCUGUUUCUUUGGAUAUACCAAAAACAAAAGCUAAAAAAACUUCUUUCAAUAAUGAUCAACAAAUCAAUAUAUCAUUGGAAGAAUCAAUUUCAAAUGAAAGUUUUUCAACAAGUCAAAUUAUUUCUAUUGAAUCAACAUUAGAAGACUCAUCUCGUUCAAUACCAAUCGAAGAUAAUUCCGAUACGAGAUCAACUAAUGAUAUUGUUCCUGAUAUUUUAUCAUCCGAAAUUGAACCUAUUACUAUUGAUCAACAACUUAUUGAAUUAUCAUCUUUAGAAAAUGAUCAUGACUGUACUAUGUCAGAUUCUUCAUCAGAUACAGUUGAUUAUGAUUUUGAUACAGAAACAUGUGCAACACUUACAUUUGAAUCUCAAGAAUCAAUUAUUCCUCUAUCUAAUUGUCAUGAUAACGAUUGUUAG